AUGACUAGUGACGCUAAGAUCGAGGAAGUUAAAGAGAAACUUCACGAGAUGGAGGAUAAUGUUGCAGAUGAAGAUACUGCAUUUCUCGACAUCUACAUCCGUUUCAACGAUGAUCAAGAAAAAGACUAUUGUUUCCAAAUAACGACAACCACUAGGUUUAAUGACUUGUACAAGAUUUUUGAAACUUUACCAAUUGCAUUGCGUCCUAGUUUAUUCUAUCACCCACAACCUAUUGGGUUCCGCAAAUCAACUUCUCCAGGUUAUUUAACUGAAGAUGGUAAUUUCUUAUUCGAUGAAGAAGCAGGCAAGACUAAAAGUUCCGUUAUCCCUGGCGACGAAUUAAUCAAUAGCCAUGUAUGGCCAGGACAAUUGAUCCUUCCCGAAUGGCAAUUUAACGACUUUGCAUUCUACUCGACAGUAGCUCUAUUGUUGACUUGGCUCUAUACAGACUUGCCAGAUUUUAUCUCACCUACUCCCGGUAUCUGUUUAACCAAUCAAAUCACCAAGCUUCUAAGUGUUGCAGCCAUUAAAUUUGGUUACUCCAACGUUGCCAAGCUUUUGUUACAAGACAUUGAGGAUGACGUGAGCAUCGUUUUGCAGUGCAUCUUUUUUGCAUUCCACUUGAUCAAGGUUGGUUUUUUGUUUGGAUUCCUUUAUACUGGUGCAUUCAACCCAAUAAGAUUAUUUAGAAUGCCUGGAAGCGUUGCACCAAAACCAACAAAGGAGCAAUUGGUAGAAUUGGGCUGGACGGGAACCAGGAAAGCCACAAUUGAAGAAUAUAGAGACUAUUACAGAGAGUUUAAGAUUCAAGAACAUGGCGGAAUGAUUCAGGCCCACCAAGCAGGAUUGUUCAAUAUUCUUAGACAUCUUGGUGUACAAUUGCAAGCUGGUGAAGGAUACAACACGCCAUUGGUCAAGAACAACAUGAAGAAAACAAUGAAGGAAAUUGUUAAUGAAGCAGAGACCAAUGCUGCUAAUUUCAAGCUUCAGUUGAGUUAUGAAUGGUUUGCUGAGUUGGGCUAUGUUUUUGCUGCCAACUCCGAUGGGAAGGAGGGUAAAGAGUUGGCUGAAUUGAUUAAGCAAUUCAGAAGGUAUGGAUUGUUGAUUAGCGAUAGAAGAAUCAAACAAGUUGUCGAGGCUAGAAAAUCACAGGUGAAGGAUGAAUCUAAUAAUAGUAAUGGUGAAGAAGAAAAACCAUUGACUCCAUUGCCCCCAAGAGAAAAGAUUGAAGUUGUUGAAGAGUAA